AUGGCUGCUGCUGGUGCGCUUGUCGCACCGCGGCGGUUUGCAUUGUCAACGCUCUUGAGGGGGUUGAGAAGCAGCUCUUCCCGGACAAUUUGGGCCAUGAUUGCAGGUGGCAUCAUCGCCAUGAUUCUCAGGUACCUGCAGGACGUCUAUCGGAGGUUCCACAGACAGGAAGCUGAGUCACUGUGGCGUAGACAUGUGGACUUGAGUGUGGUCCAGGCAGUCCUGCUCACCACCGAGCACUUGAAGUCUUUGGGCCGUGUGGAAAAGCGCACGCUGUUUGUGAAGCCCAUCACAGAAGUCUUCAAGAACGAGUUUGUGCUGGCCAAUGUUCUCAGCACUGCGGAGAAGGCGGUUGCCAAGAAUGAGCCGUUCCUGGUUACACAGAUGUCUCAGGAGGACAAGUGGCAUGUGCUCACUACGUGCACGAACCACUUGAGUUCUUGCUUUGCUCCGUACCAUGUCUUUUUCAAUGAGGCUCGUCGUGUUGAGUCCUACUAUCAGUCUGCAUGGUAUGUCUUUACUUUGACUUGUGCUCAGACUGAAGAGUCUGGGCGUUGGUUCAUCACACCUCUCAAGCCUGUGGGCAAAGAUGACGUCGGCAUGCUUCGCAUCCGCAUCGUCAUGAUGAACGAGCAGGAGCUGCGAGAGAUCGCAUCUGGCGCCAUUGAGCCGCCGAGCUUCGGCUUCUUCAAUGGGCGCCACGAAAGCCGAUGGAAGACUUGCCAGCGUUUUGCCGAGCUCUUUGAGCGACAGUUGACCAAAGUCAGUGGCCAGAGUGAUGUUGGAGACGCCGAGUGGGGUCCCAACCUCUGUGGCAGACUUUCGCAGGCACAAAAGAAGAAGGCGGCCAGCAACCCUUUGCUAGCGGCUAUGGCCGAUACGUCUACACAGUACCCAGCUGAAGAGAACUGCAUUCUGCGAAUUCAUGUGCCGUUCCCUGCGGGCCGUUUUGCAAUGGAGAAGUCAGACUCACAAAGACGUUUAGAAGAGUGCGUUUCCAAGGAUGUUGUGCUUUUCGAGAUUAGCAAAGACGAAAAAGGACAGGCGUGCAGCAUCGUGCAGCCGCUGAACAUGAAGCCGGACUGUGCCAAUGUGCCAACACACUGUCGAGCCGCGCCUGCCAGCAUUUGCGUGGUUCAUGCGGGCAAGAUCCGGGAAGCUUUGGGGCGGCUCCUCGCCCAGCCGCCCCAGACAAGCUCCAAAGAGCUUCUCCAGUUUCAGGGGCACUUCAGCGCUGGCGGUUCUGCCGGCUUCAGCAGCUUCAGCGCUCCUCAGGAGUUCGUGCAGAACAUCAAGGCGUUGAUGCCUAACAAGGACGUCGUCCUGGCAGGGGACAGAUCAGCUGAGCAAGAGGAGGAGCUCCAGCAGCUGGCCCGGGAGUAUUUGGAGGAGCAGGGGAUAGAGUUGGAUGAGAUGAACGUCAAGGUUAUCGGGUUACAAGAUAGUGCGAUGACUAUGAAAGAUGACCCGGAGCAGAAGUACCGAACGGACAAAACACUAAUGAUGGAAGCUUAUGACCGUGGUGAGAUACAGCUCAUGGACAAGACAUGUACUGAUUUGCUGGCUGUCAAGCCUCACGAUGCGGAGGUGUGGAGAAUGCUCACCUUGGGCAGGCUCCGUCUCAAGCUAUGGGAUGUUGCGCUGGAAGCAGCUCGGCGCUGGAUCGCAUUUGAGCCGCACGCUCUCAACCCACGCUGUGCCGAAGCCUUCGCACAAGCAGGGACCCAGGAGCCGGACAGCGUGAAGGAAGCGCGUGUUCGAUUCGCGCAGUUGUACAAAGAAGUCACGGGCAUGAACUCCAAGGGCGAAGCCGGCGAGGGUGUUCGCAACGUGGCCGUGGAGCUUCAAGAGUGUGUUUGGCGAUGCGAUGAGCUUUUGGAACAUGGCAGGGCAGAGGAACAGAAGCAGGAAAGCCGCCCGUGCAAUCUGAGCGCUCGCCCGGCCACCGUUCUCACUGGAGCCAGGCCACCGCAUUAUUUCCUGCCGAACUUUGCGAAUUCCAUCGGGCCCAUAAGGGUGGUCCAAGCAGAGGUGGAGGAGCUUGGAGGGGGCGCGCUUCAUCCUCGCAAGAUCAUUGUUACCAGGGAUGUGGAGGCAGGUGAGCCUCUGUUCGUGCAGAAUGCUUUGGCUUUCUGCGCCGUGGACCAGGCAGGGGAUACCGUGCGGCUGAAGACAUCCUUGGUCACAGCUGCAACAUUGUCUGCAAGACAAGCGAAGCUGAUAGACAUUCUGCUGGACCGCAGUGAGUGGGAUGAAUCUGACAGUGAUGCUGUGAUGGCAGCCCUGGAUGACCCAAAGGUCGUUCGUGGAGAUGGUCCAUGGAGCUCAGAUGCGGAAUCCAUGAUUGAGCACUUCCAGGUCUGCGAACAGCUCGUCCUUGAGGCCGAGAUCCUGACGGGGAAGAAUUAUGCUGGCAUCUGGUCGCUUCCGGCAAUGGCAAGGCACAGCUGCACGCCAACAGCUGUCUACACGGUUUGGGGCGACGUCAUGGUUGCGAGAUCUUCGCGGCCCCUGCAAGCCGGAGAUGAGGUGACGUUCGGCUUCAUGGACCUUUGGUUUCCUCUGGAAAUGCGCCAAGAGAAGUUCACCACAGCCGGCGGUGGAACCGGCUUCUGGUGUAGGUGUCCGCGCUGUGAGGCAGAGGCUUCUUGGGGCUCAGCUGCUGCCGUGGCUUCGGCAGACCUGGAGCUGAGGUUUGAGAAGCAGCAAAGCAGGGUGGAGGGAAUUCUGCGCUCACUCGAUCUGAAACUGGAAGAGAAGCGACAGAACAUGCAGAAGCAAUACGACGCCAUCCGCGACAGUGACGCGCAGCGGACUGAGUACGAAGAAGGUUUGCUUGGCCUGGCCGAUCGCUUCGGCAACCUGAAGGGGAUGCCAAAGGACGAGGAUAUCGAGGAGCUCCGCAAGUUUUUCCCGGAGAACAACGAGCCGGAGAUGGUCGAGGUGCGGGCCGACUUGGCUAACGAUUUGGUGGAUGCGAUCAUCACCUUCGAGAAGCAGGUCGAUGAGAUCGGACUGCCAGAUGAGCAGCGAUACUGGCUGCUGUCGAAUCAUUUUGCCCAGUACAGCGAGCUCCUCACCCUUUUGCGCUUACGAAGGGAUGUGGAGGCUCAGCGCCGGGUGCUAGGAGGCAUCUUGGAGGCGGUGGCACACACGCACCCGGGCGGCUUUGAACACCAGCGACUCGCUGUUCUUCUCUGGGAGGUGUCAGCCCAGUGCGAAGAUCCGACCCUGAUGCGGAAGGACCUUGUCCGGGACCUUAUCCCGAAGGAGUUGGACAGAGUUCGGGAGGCGAUCAAAAUCAGAUAUGGUCGAGACCUAGACGACACUGAAGUCGCCGCUGCCAUGGCGAGGAUCGCAUCCACGGGCGUCAUUGAUGAGAACUGGAUGUGGGACAUCACGUGGUGUGCAGGUCGGAACUAUGCCGCCGAGCCAGCGCGAGGUCCCUCUGGGAAGGUCUUGCCAGUGCUCGGCUCUUCUAUCCUAGUGUGA